AUGUCAACAAAAACAUGGCUCUGCAUAUGUUAUGACAUUGUUGAUGCACUUGACCACAUGCACCAAAGGGGAUAUCUCCACUGUGACCUAGAGUCCAAUAAUGUGUUGGUUGCUGAAAAUAAGGGAUAUCUUAUUGACUUCGGGAAAGUUUGUGAGAUCUCUCGACCAAAGGUGAAGAAAUAUAGGGAGGUUUAUAGACAUAUUGCGCCAGAGGUUUUGAAAGGCUCUCCUGUUGCACCAGCCAGUGAUACAUAUUCCCUUGGGAGAAUUCUUAAAGAAAUUGGCAAGACAAUAAACAGUUCAAUCCUGUUGCAAUUAGCCAAAGCAGCGACAAAUCCAAACCCCACACAAAGGCCCACUCUUAUGAAAAUCCUGAACAUGUUGAAUGCUGAGAAUAUCCACAGCUGA